AUGAAGCUAUAGGCGGGACCUCCUGUGUUUAAUGUCUCCUUAACAACCGAACAGAAACAGGAGAAGUUUUCGGAGGAGAAACGCCUCGAGUCGGAAUGGCAGGGACUGGAGAGGCAAAGAAAGAGGAGGCCGACUACAAGAGGCUACAGAGCUUCCCUCUCAUCAGGCACACAGACAUGCCAGAGGAAAUGCGAGUGGAGACGAUGGAGCUCUGUGUGACGGCCUGCGAGAAGUUUGCCACCAACAAUGAAAGCGCAGCGAAGAUGAUCAAAGAGUCGAUGGAUAAGAAGUUUGGAAGCUCGUGGCACGUUGUGAUCGGAGAGGGCUUCGGCUUCGAGGUGACCCACGAGGUGAAGAACCUGCUGUACAUGUUCUUCGGGGGGAGUCUGGCUGUGUGUGUGUGGAAGUGCUCGUAGCCCCUCCACACACACACACACACACACUGCGACACACUGCGGCACACCCACCGUCUGGAGGCGCAGGGACUCGUCUAAAGGGAAUUAAAAAAGGCAUAAGAUGAGAUGUGCCGCUCCUCUCUUUGAUUCUCCGUCUGUCUCUGAAGUUACGGACCGACACACAGCAGGGUCCUCUUCAGGGAGUGUGUGUGUGUGUGUGUGUGUGUGUGUGUGUUUGUGUGUGUGGGUGUGUGGGUGACUUUAUAUGUUCGUGUGUGCUGGACACACACUGUUUUUUUUAAGAUAACAUUUCAUCUGCACCUUCCACCACAGUUUGUAAACUGUCCGCAGCCCCCCCCCCCCCUCCUCUAACAGCACUAGUGUUUCAAUAAAGUUUGUAAUAUUUUUUAUGUGUACAUAUUUUGAAGCGUUUUUACAGAGCAGACCUCUGCAGACUGACUGACACUAACCUGACCCCUGACCCCUGACCCCCCCGCUGCAGGGAGAGACUCACUGUGUGAUUGUUAACGUUCCUCUGUGGACUCACCUGAUUGUACAAUAAACUCUGAAACCUGUUCAAAAGCUCA